AUGACAGAGCGCGAUAACAGCACGCCUUAUUGGGGUCACAGCACUUCAACUUUAGACUGGUGUGAAGAAAACUAUGUAGAUCAUAAAUAUAUUGCUGAAUUUGUUAAUACCACGACAAAUUUGAUCUUUAUUGGCUUAGCUAGCUUCGGUAUAUAUAUUACAGCAAAGUAUGGUUUUGAAACGCGUUUCACAAUUGCCUACGCGGCUAUUGCUUUGAUCGGUAUCGGUUCAUGGAUGUUUCAUAUGACGCUUUUAUAUGAAUUUCAGUUGUUGGAUGAACUUCCAAUGAUUUAUGGAACAUGUGUUUUGGUUCAUAACAUCUUCGAAACCGGACACAAACGAAAAUAUGGAAUAUAUCUCCCACUGGGUCUAUUUGUUUAUGCUUCCAGCAUCACAAUAGCCUAUCUCUAUAUUUUAAACCCAGUCUUCCAUCAGGUUUCCUAUGCAAUUCUGGUCACGGUAUUAAACAUUCGUUCAUACUACUUGCUUAGUUUAAUUCCAAAGGGUAAUCUCCAUUCUACCCUUAAAAAACUCUUAUUCGGCGCCUGGGCGAUGUUCGGUAUGGGAUUUUUUUUAUGGAACGUCGAUAACAUCGCUUGUGAUAAUUUAAAAUUGGCUCGAGCAAGGGUUGGUAGACCACUCGGUUAUUUGUUAGAAUUACACGGGUGGUGGCAUAUUGGUACAGCGUUUGGUACUUACUAUUGGAUUGUAUUUAAUCAGUAUUUAAGAGUGGCGUUGUUAGGUAAGGAAAAUGAAUGGAAAUUAAAUUGGACAGGGUUCGGCGCCAUCCCUUACAUGUCAAUAAAUGACAAUGCCAAGAAGGAUUAUGUUAAAGUUCACUAG